UCCCACUGGAACAUGGAGCUUGGCUGUCACCCGACCUUCGCUUCCUUAAGUAGAAAAGCCCAGGGUUCCAGGCUCUGUCUCCUUUCCCGCAGACGCCUUGUUUCUUCGCGCGGAGGCCCUGGACGCCGCAGGCUCCCAACCUACUUCUCUGGGCUGUCAGGUUCUGAACCCGGUCCUCAAGAGGCCCUGGCGCUCGGGGUGGGUGGGGCCGAGCGCGCGCCUUGGGAACCUGGCUGGCCUCAGGCUGGCGGGAGCAUUCGCGGACAUCGCCCUGGGCGGGGAGGACUGGGGGUACCCUGAUCUGACCCUGCUCCUAGCUCUGACCUCGGCCACCACGCGCGGCGCCCCCGCUGGUCCCGCCAGGCUCCGCCUAAACGCAGAAAGCGUGGGAGGCGCCCGACCCUGCGGUAUAAAAGCGGUGCCUGCAGAGGCCCUAGCGGGAGUCCGCGGCGAGCGCAGCAGCAGGGCCCGGUACUGCGCCUCGGGGAUCGGCGUCCAGGCUCGGAGCGCGGCACGGAGACGGCGGCAGCGCUGGACUAGGUGGCAGGCCCUGCAUCAUGGAAACUCUUUCUAAUGCAAGUGGUACUUUUGCCACACGCCUUUUAAAGGUACUGUGUCAAGAUAACCCUUCGCACAACGUGUUCUGUUCUCCUGUGAGCAUCUCCUCUGCCCUGGCCAUGGUUCUCCUAGGGGCAAAGGGAAACACCGCAACCCAGAUGGCCCAGGCACUGUCUUUAAACACAGAGGAAGACAUUCAUCGGGCUUUCCAGUUGCUUCUCACUGAAGUGAACAAGCCUGGCACACAGUACCUGCUGAGAACGGCCAACAGGCUCUUUGGAGAGAAAACUUGUCAGUUCCUCUCAACGUUUAAGGAAUCCUGUCUUCAAUUCUACCAUGCUGAGCUGAAGGAGCUUUCCUUUAUCAGAGCUGCAGAAGAGUCCAGGAAACACAUCAACACCUGGGUCUCAAAAAAGACCGAAGGUAAAAUUGAAGAGUUGUUGCCGGGUAGCUCAAUUGAUGCAGAAACCAGGCUGGUUCUUGUCAAUGCCAUCUACUUCAAAGGAAAGUGGAAUGAACCGUUUGACGAAACAUACACAAGGGAAAUGCCCUUUAAAAUAAACCAGGAGGAGCAAAGGCCAGUGCAGAUGAUGUAUCAGGAGGCCACGUUUAAGCUCGCCCACGUGGGCGAGGUGCGCGCGCAGCUGCUGGAGCUGCCCUACGCCGGGAAGGAGCUGAGCCUGCUGGUGCUGCUGCCUGACGACGGCGUGGAGCUCAGCACGGUGGAAAAAAGUCUCACUUUUGAGAAACUCACAGCCUGGACCAAGCCAGACUGUAUGAAGAGUACUGAGGUUGAAGUUCUCCUUCCAAAAUUUAAACUACAAGAGGAUUAUGACAUGGAAUCUGUGCUUCGGCAUUUGGGAAUUGUUGAUGCCUUCCAACAGGGCAAGGCUGACUUGUCGGCAAUGUCAGCGGAGAGAGACCUGUGUCUGUCCAAGUUCGUGCACAAGAGUUUUGUGGAGGUGAAUGAAGAAGGCACCGAGGCAGCGGCAGCGUCGAGCUGCUUUGUAGUUGCAGAGUGCUGCAUGGAAUCUGGCCCCAGGUUCUGUGCUGACCACCCUUUCCUUUUCUUCAUCAGGCACAACAGAGCCAACAGCAUUCUGUUCUGUGGCAGGUUCUCAUCGCCAUAAAGGGUGCACUUACCGUGCACUUGGCCAUUUCCCUCUUCCUGUGUCCCCAGAUCCCCACUACAGCUCCAAGAGGAUGGGCCUAGAAAGCCAAGUGCAAAGAUGAGGGCAGAUUCCUUACCUGUCUGCCCUCAUGGUUUGCCAGCAUGAGUUCAUGAUGCUCCACACUCAGCUCUUCCAUACUGACCACUCACUUAUGCUACUUAAUCAGAAUCUUGAGAAAAUAGACCAUGAUGAUUCCCUGUUGUAUUAAAAUUGCAGUCCAAAUCCCAUAGGAUGGCAAGCAAAGUUCUUCUAGAAUUCCACAUGCAAUUCACUCUGGCGACCCUGUGCUUUCCUGAUAUGGCGAAUACAUUCCUUAACCCGCUGCCUCAGUGGUAAUAAAUGAUGCUAGAUAUUGCUACUAUUUUAUAGAUUUGCUGGUGCUUAGCCUUAUAAAAAAGGUUGUAAAAUGUCCAUUUAUAUUUUAUCUUUUUUUUUUUUUUUCUGAGACGGAGUCUGGCUCUGUCGCCCAGGCUGGAGUGCAGUGACGCCAUCUCGGCUCACUGCAAGCUCCGCCUCCCGGGUUCACGCCAUUCUCCUGCCUCAGCCUCCCGAGUAGCUGGGACCACAGGCACCCGCCACCACGCCCGGCUAAUUUUUUGUAUUUUUUAGUAGAGAUGGGGUUUCACCGUGUUAGCCAGGAUGGUCUCGAUCUCCUGACCUCGUGAUCCACCCGCCUCGGCCUCCCAAAGUGCUGGGAUUACAGGCUUGAGCCACCGCGCCCGGCUAUAUUUUAUCUUUUAUCUUUUUCUUUGACAUUUACCAAUCACCAAGCAUGCACCAAACACUGCGUUAGGCACUGGGGACACAAAGGGGACAGAGCCAUCCUCCUUUGACACCUGGUCUUCAGUUCUGUGCCCAACGUAUAUAGCUUUGACAACGACCAGGUUGGACUGUUUAAUGUCUUUCCACUUACCACGUAAUCCUCUUGUAGGGAUCACGUCUUUCUUUAUGAUAUUGUAUUUCUCUACCUCUAACAGUAAAAAUUCCAUUCAACCCUUAAAGCUCACUUCAAAUUCUUCUUUGAGAAGUUUUUCCUUUCUCUGCAACCAGAUGUACAUAUUUGAACUCUCUUUGUACUUGGAGGGCACUUCUUUCAUGGUAGUUCUUUUAUUUUUAUUAAUCUCUGUAUCCUUAGAUAGUCCUCCAACAACCAAGGGUUGGGACUCUGUCUUACAUAUCUGGGUGCCCCUCAUAGUGCAGUAAUAAGUAAGUUGAUUAUAUAUGAGCUAUGUAACUUAUAUUUUUAAUGGUUGGAUAUCACUGAGUUUAUUUUUUUUAAGAAUUUUUUUAUUGAGGUAAAAUUCACAUAACAUAAAAUUAACUAUUUUAAAGUGAGAAGUUCAGUGCCACUUAGUAUUGUUAACAAUGUUGCAUAACCACCACCUUUAUUUAAAGUUCCAAAAAAAAUGUUCUCCUCUAAAAGGAAACCCCAUCCCAUUAAGCAGAUACUCUCCAUUCCUUCCUUCCUCCAGCCCCCGGCAACCACCAAUCUGCUUUCUGUCUCUAUGGAUUUAUCUAUUCUUGCUAUUUUAUAUAAAUCGAAUUGUAUGAGACCUUUUGUGUCUGGCUUCUUUCACUUAGUACAAGUUUUUGAGAUUUAUUUACAUAGUAGCAUGUAUCAACACUUCAUUUUUAUGGCCAAACAAAAUUGUAUUAUGUGUUUAUAGCACAAUUUAUUUAUCCACUCAUUCAUUGAUGGACUUUGGGUUGUUUCUGACUUUUGGCUAUUGGGAAUAGUGCUGCUAUGAAUGUUUGUGUACCUGUAUUUGUUUGAAUGCCUAUUUUGCAUUCUCUUGGGUAUAUAUCUAGGAGUGGAACUGCUGGGUCAUAUGUUAAUUCUAUGUUUAGCUUUUUGAGGAACAGACAAACUGUUUUCCACAGCAGUUGAACCAUUCCACAUUCCCACCAGCAAUGUAUGAGAAUUCCAAUUUCUCUCCACUUCCUCACCAACACUUAUUAUUUUCCUUUUCCUUUUUUUUAAAAAAAAUAAGUUAUGGCCAUCUUAGUGGGUGUGAAGUGGUAUCUCAUUGUGUUUUUUAUUUGCAUUUCCUAUGUAAUGAGCUAGAAACUAAAGUACAAACUAGAUGGGACAUCCAGUCCCCUUGAUAGAUAAUGCUGAGUAAAAAAUUAGAUGAAAGACAUUUGCUUGCUUGUUUUUAGAACACGAGUGACAGUUUAUUAAAAAGCUUUAGAGGAGGAAUGAAAACAAAGUGAAGUACACUUAGAAAAGGGCCAAGUGGACAUCUUGGAUGUCAAGUGCCUAGUUCAGUAUCUUUUUUUUUUUUUUUUUUUUUUUUUGAGACAGUGCCUCACUCUGUCACCCAGGCUGGAGUGUAGUGGCAUGAUCUGGGCUCACUGCAACCUCCUCCUGGAUUCAAGCAAUUCACUUGCCUCAGCCUCCCAAGUAGCUGAGACUACAAACACCCACCACCACACCAGGCUAAUUUUGUAUUUUUCAGUAGAGACGGGGUUUCGCCACAUUGGCCGUGUUGGUCUUGAACUCCUGGCCUCAAGCGAUCCGCCUACCUCAGCCUCCCAAAGUGCUAGGAUUACAGGCAUGAGCCACUGAGCCCAGCCCUAGUUCAGUAUCUUUUAUGUAAAUUAUAAACAUCUGCGACAUUAUGUAUCAUAUGCAGAUACUUAUUGCAUUUCUUUUAUUAGUGGUGAAAGUGUUCUAUGCAUUUAUUGGCUCUUGAAUUUCCUCAUCUAUGAAUUCAUUCACACACCUACUUUUCUGCUUCGUUUUUACAUAUGUCUUUGCCUAUUAAAGAUAUUAUCCCUCUGUUUUAUAUUUUCUCUCAUUCUUGUAUUGCCUUUUAAAUUUUGUUAUGAUGUUUCAUUAAUAAACAGUGUUUUGUUUUCCUCUAUAAUCAAAUCUAGAUUUUCCCUUUGUGAUUUCUGACACCACUUCCAUUCUUAGAAGUACUUUUCCAUUCAUAAAGUAGUAAAAUAAAAUAGUUUUUUUCUAAACUUUUAUUUUUGUAAUGAUUUAACUAAUUCACAUGGAAUUUGAUUUUGUAUUAUUGACAUUCAGGAGAAAGCAUAAUUUUAUUUAUUAGCCAAUUUCUGGAUAUUAUUUGUAAAUCUAUUUUUCCCUAGUGUUCAUUCCUAUUUUUCCAUCUUUAUUCUUCUGGUGAACUUUAGAAUAAUUUUCUAAUACCCAAAGUAAUUUUUUUAACUUUCAGUUUUUUGGGGGGAAGGAUUAGCAUGACAUUAAGCAUAUAAAUUACUUGAGUAAAUCGAUGUAUUUACAAUGUUUAGUCAUCUCAUUAAGGAAAAUGAGAAGAGUCUCCAUUUAUUCAAGCACUUUACUACUUCUAUUAAAACUUUUUUUUGGGGCUUUUUUCAAUAUAAGUCCUACACAUCUUUUUUUUCUUGUUAUGGUUAUUUCUAAAUUUUAGUAACAAUUUUAAACAAGAGCAUUUCCCCUGACGUGAUUAUGGAUGGCAUAUAAGUAAACCAUUGAAGCUUAUACAUUUAUCUUGUGCAUGACCAAUUUGGUAUAUAGCCUUUUGGUAAUUUAAGAAUUUUCAGUAAAUCAUCUUGGAGUUCCUGCUAUAUGAUUAUGCAAUAGGCAAACGAUCUUUACUACGUACGUAAUGGUAUAUGCAAAUAAGAAAGAGGACAUCCUUUUAACUGAUACACCCCUAGUGUCUGUUUUUUGUUUAUUGUUUUGUCUUUGUCUUUUUUGCAUUACCCAGGCAGGAGACAACUUUCUGUGGUUUAGAUAUUUGUUCCCCCACAUUUCAUGUUGAAACAUGAUCCCCAAUGUUGGAGGUGGGGUCUAAUGGGAAGUAUUUGGAUCAUGGGGGCAUGAAUGGCUUGGUGCCAUCCUCGAGGUAAUGAGUGAGUUCUGGCUUUAUUUGUUCCCCUGAGAACUGGUUGUUAAAAAGAGCCUGACACCUGCCCUCUGUCUCUUGGCUUUUGAUCUGUUGCCUUGUGAUCUCUGCACAUGGCAGUUCCCCUUCACCUUUUGCCAUCAGUGGAAGCAGCCUGAGUGCUCACCAGAAGCAGAUGCUGGUGCCAUGCCUUUUGUACAGCCCGCAGAACUGUGAGCCAAAUAAACCUCUUCUCUUUGUGAAUUA